AUGGCAGAUCCGACGAGUAUCUGGGAGCAACAUGCUGUUUAUAUGCAGCAGCGUUAUCAAUGUGCCAAUCUUCCCGACUUCGCAGUCGAAACGAAACUCGCUUUCCAGAAGAAGAUCUUUGAUGAACACCUAGAUCGCGAACGUCAGCUCUGCAAGGCGACCGAGAGUGCUUUGGGUCUCAACGCGAACUCCCAGUACCCUAUCCGUGAGGGCAUUAGCACGUCUUGGAGUCCAGUUCUGGUCACCACGACAUUCGCCGAACACAGCUUGUGGGAACUUACUUCUUCUCUACUCUGGCGUUAUUUCGAGGGUGGACUCAGCUGGGACUACCCUCAAUGGGUUCCUCGAGGGGUCAUGCGUAUUCAGACCGUCUCGAAUUCGUCCCAUAUAUACUUCGAUUUUGGUGUGCGUACAUUUAGUACGCAACGAAUCUCCAUUCCGGCGACAGUUAGUACACAGACACUGACUUUUACUGCUCAAUGUCAUCAAACCGGCGCAAACAUCAACUUCGACAUCGCUUUCCUUGCUCAGGGUUUUGUCAAGGUUCAGUUUCCAGCACUUACUGUUGUUCAGCCUGAUUUGGGCUGUAGAAGUUUGCCAGUCACGCCCAUUGAAUUGACAGGUAUGUGGAUGGGACCCGUUGAGUGA